GGAGGAGGGAAAGAUGGGAGUUCCCUUCCUUAGGAGAUGUCUGCGCCUGUUGACAUUCUGACAUUAUUUUCAGCUGAAGAACUGCUAAGUCCUGGAUUGCUGCACUGACUGUCAGAUCCAAGAAGCUUCGUAUUUCAAAAAUCUGUGAAGUUUGAACAAGCAGCUUUCCCAAAAUGUACCGAAUAUCUCAGCUGAUGUCAACACCCGUGGCAAGUUCUUCCGGGUCCGAGAGAAAAUAUGCUGGAGAGCUGUCUCCCACAUGCAUUUUCCCAAGUUUUGCCUGUGAGUUCCUGGAUGGUGACAGUUCCUUUGACUGCUGUGCCAUAGAUCCCCUGACAGGCUCCUACCUUCCCUGUCGCCGAAGUCCCAGGCUCCUCACCAAUGGCUACUACAUCUGGACAGAAGACAGUUUCCUCUGUGACAGAGAGGGCAACAUAACCCUGAACCCAUCCCAGACCAGUGUGAUGUACAAGGAGAACUCAGUUAAAGCCUCUAAAUCUUGGCUGCAUGGAAGUAUCUUUGGUGAUGUCGCCUCUUCCCCAGCUGAGGACGUCUGGUUGGAGGGAGUCAGCCAGCUGGACAUGCACCAUUGCAACGAAAAUGGGGGGGACUGCGACUGUUCUCCGGCAGAUGACUGGGAGCCGGAGAAGCCGAAAGCGGAGCCUGUGGAAGCCUCCUCUGCAGGCCAUGGCACACCUGCGACGCCCAGAAAAAGCUCCCGCAGCUCGUCCCUGCAGUCCCAGCUGACGGCUUCUGAACAUCUCCAAGGGAACGUUUUGGAUCAUUCGAAAACCAGUUUGUUGGGAGAGGUCUCUUUUCCGACAAUUCUGCUUGCUGCAUGCUUGAUCAUUUCUGCAUGUGCAAGAUGGUUCCUGGGAGGGAUGUUAGCCAGCGUCUUCACCUGCUCCUGCCUGAUAACUGUUGCUUAUGUUGUCAAGUUACUGUUUCUCAGCAUUGCCAGCUUCUUCAAAGCCACCCCCUGUGCUAGGUUUGCCAAAAUUUGACAACCAUUCAGUAGAGCCUCUGAUGAAUGUCUUCAAUCUGAAUAUCCGGAAAUGGUCCGAUUCGCCGUCUGCUUGGAAUCAACUGCUUUUAUUGGAAGGGAGCGAGC